UUCAGGCAGUUCAACUGAACAAAUUUGACUAUAGACUUUCAAACAAGUUGAGCGAUGACUUGCAAAAGCUAAGAUGUAGAGUAAAUUACCAUGCUCUAAAGUUCACUGAUCCUAUACUUACAAUGGGCAAUGAAUUGGUCCGGCGCAUGCGAUUGAGGAGCAAACACUUCAUUGCGUUACACCUAAGGUUUGAACCUGAUAUGCUUGCAUUCUCGGGAUGCUAUUAUGGUGGUGGUGAUAAGGAAAAGAGAGAACUUGCAGCAAUCAGAAGGAGAUGGAAAACAUUACAUAUUAACAACCCAGAUAAACAAAGGCGACAAGGAAGAUGUCCGCUAACUCCAGAAGAAGUGGGACUGAUGCUUAGAGCUUUGGGAUAUGGCAGUGAUGUUCACAUAUAUGUUGCGUCUGGUGAAGUAUAUGGAGGAGAAGAAUCUUUAGCUCCUCUGAAAGCACUCUUUCCACACUUCUAUUCAAAAGACACUAUAGCUACAAAGGAAGAGUUAGAACCGUUUGCUUCAUACUCUUCUAGAAUGGCUGCUCUCGACUUCCUUGUUUGUGACGAAAGCGACGUAUUUGUAACCAACAACAAUGGCAAUAUGGCAAAGAUAUUGGCUGGGAGGAGGAGAUACUUUGGACAUAAACCCACUGUUAGGCCAAAUGCAAAAAAGCUUUACAGAUUAUUCAUGAACAAAGAGAACACAACGUGGGAGGAAUUUUCGACUAGAGUCCGUUCGUUUCAGAGAGGGUUCAUGGGAGAGCCAAAGGAAGUAAGAGCAGGUAGAGGUGAAUUUCACGAGAACCCAUCCACGUGCAUAUGCGAAGAUACAGAGGCUAAGGCAAAGGCGCAAGUAGAAUCUAGAAAACUUGGAAAGAAAAACAAAUAUACAAGUAAAGACGCAGCAGUAACAGUAACCAAUGAUGAUCAAACCGAAGAGGAUGAGCCAGAUUGGUCGGAGCCAGACUAUGAGGAAGAACAGANUUCCUUCUUAUUCAUUUCCGGUUCGAGAUACUUUGGACAUAAACCCACUGUUAGGCCAAAUGCAAAAAAGCUUUACAGAUUAUUCAUGAACAAAGAGAACACAACGUGGGAGGAAUUUUCGACUAGAGUCCGUUCGUUUCAGAGAGGGUUCAUGGGAGAGCCAAAGGAAGUAAGAGCAGGUAGAGGUGAAUUUCACGAGAACCCAUCCACGUGCAUAUGCGAAGAUACAGAGGCUAAGGCAAAGGCGCAAGUAGAAUCUAGAAAACUUGGAAAGAAAAACAAAUAUACAAGUAAAGAAGCAGCAGUAACAGUAACCAAUGAUGAUCAAACCGAAGAGGAUGAGCCAGAUUGGUCGGAGCCAGACUAUGAGGAAGAACAGAGUGAUCUUCAGGACAGAGGAUUAUACAACGGGACAAGUUUAGAUUACGAUGAUCCAUCUACCUCUGAUGAGCCUGAGCUUGAAGAAAUGCUAUCAGACUAG